GAAGAGAGAGAGGAGCACAAGAGAGAGAGAGCCUGCGUUCUUUUCUCUCAGAUUCACAAUCACCUUGGCUUCUUCAUUCUUCCUCUCCUUUCUUUCUGUUUUUUUUUUUGUUCUUGCUCAUCAACACCAACCACUCUCUCUCUAUAGAUAUAUAUAUAUAUAUAAUUAUAUAAUUGGCAAUAUUUUCCGCCAUUAGUGUCCUGAUCUCCCCCCUCGAUCUGAUCUGAUUUUUCACCGAUCGAGUUUAGACUUUGGAGCAAUAAUGACGACCGACAUUGAUGUGAGCAACCACAAUCACGGCGAGGUUCGUGAAUCUGAGGAGGUUGAGGUUGUUGUUGUUGCUAACAAUGGCGGUGAACAGCGUUCUGGCUUCGACGUGGUGGGGCCUACUCAGGAUCUCCUUCCCAAAAGCAAUGGCAAUAAGGACGACGUCGAUGGCUCUUACGUCUUCGUCACUGGCCACGACGACGGUGAUGAUCUUGUUGAGUCCGAUCUCGCCAAUGACAAUAAUAAGCCGGUUGAAGAAUUUCAGGUGGAAGAGAAAAACAAUGUCGGUCGUGAUACCAAGGUUUCGGGAUCGGCGGAUGAGUUCAAUUCUCCACCGUCACAGGUCGCUGAUGAUGGCCAGGUUCAGGAAGGAGGAGAAGAUAUUCAGGAAUCCGAUAUUGCUGUGAAGAAUUCUGAUGAACAAGGCUUGGCUGAAGAUGUUGAAAAAGAUCAGGAAUCUGAUAUUGGAGUUGAGAAGGAUACUAAUUAUAAUGAUGAUGAUGAUGACGACGAUAAUGUGGUAAAUGAUAAUACGGAUCAGGAGGUGGAAAUGCCGGAGGAAUCAUUGAAUCAGAUUCCUCUGGAAGUUUCAAGAGAUGAUCCGAAUCAGGAAGAUCCUUCAACAGUUUCAUCAUGUCUGGAAUCUGAAAUUAAGCCAGAUACGGUAAUCGAGGAGAUGACUAUUUCUGGCGAUAAUGGUGAUGGUUUUCCUGAUGUGCAUGAGAAGGAUGACGAGGCCUCGCAAUGCUUAGAUGUCCAUGAAAACCAAAAUGGGUCUUCGGAGAAUGUCGAAAGUGUGCCUUCUUCUGGUGAAAUUGGUGAUAGUUUGCCUGAUGGGCAUGGGCAGGAUGACGCCACACGAAGUGUAGAAGAAGAUGUGCAUGAACAUCAAGUUGCACAAAAUACUGAAAUUGGCCAACAAAGUUCUCCCACAGCUCUUGAUUGUGAGAAACCGUCGAGCUUCUCCGAAGAGGGAGAUAAAACGUUAGAAACAGGAGUUGCCAAUGGUCCUUUAUUUGAACAAAUUGGAGAGAGCUCGCCUGCUGGUUUUGCUCAUGAAUCUCUUUUAGAGACUGCUGUUGGUACUGAACAAGAUGGUCCUCCUACAGCUCUUGAUAAUGAGAAACUGUCUAGCUUCUCUGAAGGGGUUCCUGUCGAAGAAUUCAAAGGAGACGAUGGAGAGAGCUUGGGGGAGCAUAGUCUGAAAACACCUUCGAGUACUGGAGUUGAUAAAACCUUAGAAACAGCAGUUUUUAAGGGUCCUUUAUUGGAACAAAAUGGAGAGGACUUGCCUCCUGGCCUUGCUCAGGAGAGUCUUUCAGAGACUGCUCUAUGUAGCUCUUGA